AGGUUUUUUUUUUUUUUUUUUUUUUUUUUUUCCGUUUUCUUUUCUUUCUAAAUCUCUAGCUUGCCGUUUUGCUAAUUGCGAAACCUGUGCGCUGCUAUUACACAGUUAAUUGCAAGGGGUUAGUUAGACUACACCGCGCUCAUUAUUUUAACCUUGCAAUUAAAUCCAGUUAAUUACUAAUGAUUUUGUAAUAGUAUUUCUAUGCGUGUUGUAUAAGGUUAAUAAUAAUGACUGCGGUAAAAAAAAAAAAAAAAAAAAAGACUGCGGUAAGUCGGCACUCCACUCCAAGCACACAACACAAACAAACUGUGUGAGUUUGCUGUACUGCACAGGUUAAUACUAAUAACUCCACAACUCACCUGGUAGAGGGGUGAUGGAUAAGACUGAUGACAUGGGCAAGCCAGGCUAUAUUUUGGACAUGGAAGAUCUGCUCGCGGAUUUUGAAAAGGAGGCAUCCCUGCAAUUUGCCGAUUUCAAAGACGUAUGGAGAAAGCGGCGCUUCUCAUUCAUUCACGAGGGCAAUCCAAAGGGAAUGCCGAGCGAGGCUUAUUUACAAAGCUUAUAUGGAACGGCGUUAAAGAAUCUGGCUCCAGGAGCGUCUCUGUUCAUGCGCCUGGGGGUGUUGUUCGCUAUAUACACCCUUCACGGCACCCAGAUUUGUAAUCCCCUCGUGUUGGUCUACAUAUCUCUAGAGGAGAUGAGGCAAUUACAGCGGCUGGCUGACGAAUUAAGAGUGAGAGAGGCUUUCGAUGGGCUGUUUGUGUUGAAGAGGAUGGUGUCAGAGAAGCUCUUCUUGUAUGGUGCAGUGUGUUCCCUACCGAAGGAACCUGCUACUGGACCGCUUGGCUCGCGGGCUCCUCCUCCGCCUGCUUCUGAAUCUGGUCCUGCUUCCCGUUCUCGUUCGGGUUCUGCUGCUCGUGCACCUGCUGAAGAUGGCGGCUUGAAUCAUCUCCUGGCAACGGCAAGAGAACGGCUGUUGAAGGACGUCUUCGUCGACGAACACCUGUGCAGUGUGAACACGGUGGAUGACCUUGAGCUAGUGGAGGCGAGACAGGUGUGGAAAGAUUACUCAGCAUCGAUGGAGCAGCUCUUCGGCACGUGCUUCGUGACACGUGGCGAAGCCAAAGAGGAUUUCGGAAAACGACUUAUUGAAAGAGCAGAGGCCUUCGAGAAGCGAAAAGCGGACCUGCUGGCCACAGGAGCAACGACUGCGACUCCGACAACAACAGAAGGAGGUGGAGCGGCAGACAGCAGGAAGGAAGGAAAACAGCCACACCCAACAGGCUGAUGAUGAGCAGCCGCUGAGCAGGAAAAGACCAUGAAAAGGUCUCGUUCAGUCAUCGGAAGACCUGGGUGGGUGUACAAUGUCCGAGACACAGCGAAAUUGAUAGAUAGAGACAGACAGAUAGAUGGAGUUUGGUAGAUGGAUAGAUCCUCCCCUCCCCUCCCCUCCCCUCCCCUCCCCGUCCCCCCUUCCGCCUCCGCCCACCUGCAACAAA